AUGUCUAUGGAACAGCUUCACGAUGCUAUCCGUCCCAAACGCAUGGAUACGUGGAAUCUAAAUGAGCUGCUACCCAAGGAUGCGGACUUCCUUGUGCUCCUUUCGUCGUUCUGUGGUAUAUUCGGCAACCCUGGCCAAAGCAACUACGCGGUCGGCGGUACAUUCGAAGAUUUGUUUGACCGCUACAGCGUCACUCAGACGUCCAACCUCCGGACGUACGGCGGCGUACACAAUGAGAAGCUCAUGGCGCUGCUAGACGUCGUAUGCGACUCAUCCUACGACUGCGCCGGCGGCAACGCUCAAGUAGUUACAACCAUGGAAAAGCCCUCGCAUAUAUACAAUCCGACCGAAGAAGGCCAGAUUGUAUGGCCGAAGAAGCUACUGUUCAGCCGUCUUCCGUGUAUUGGUGAGAAUAUCACAGGAGAGGACAACAACGGGGCCUCUCAAGAGGAAGGGUAA